AUGUCUUCACAAAUUGGAGCUAUUGUUUCUGCAAAUGCAUUAAUUGGAAGAUUUCUAAAACAACCAAAAAAUGAACUGGUUGAUCGAUUAUGCUCACGAAUAACUGUUAGUUUGUUGGGUUUAUGUUCUGCAAUACUGUUAAGCACACAUUUUUGGGGUGAACCAAUUACAUGUUGGACUCCGGCUCAAUACGUUAAACAUUGGUACUGCCGUUUCCGUUUUUUUCGGGUCGUAGUUUCUAGUCUCGAUUUUGUACCAAAAGAACGACGACGAUAUCCAAUUGUAUAUUAUCAAUGGGUACCAUAUGCGUUGGCUAUACAGGCGGUAUCCUAUUAUAUACCACAAUUCGUUUGGAAAUGUCUAUGUAGUUGCUCAGGUUUUGAUUAUCCAAAGUAUUAUUUUUCAGACUUUAUGUCAUCAUCAGAAUUGAGGUUGGACUACAACAACCAUAAAUCAAGGUUAACUGUAUUUGAAAAGCAGGGAGCUGUCUUUGUAUGGGAUGGUAUUAUUUGUGCACGCCGAAAACGCUCCCAAUACAUAAUGCUUUUCUACUUCAUUUGCACUGUAUUACAAGCGGUAAACGCUUGGCUGGAAUUUUAUUUUCUAAAUGCCUUGUUGUGUUCUGCAACCUAUGCACUAUGGGGACCGGGUAUCAUUGCAGAUUUAGCACGAGGGAUCGAUUGGCAAACGACCGGCCAUUUUCCACGAAUCACACACUGUGACUACGUCAGGAGAGCACCAUCAACAGUACAGGAAGAUACCGUACUAUGUGUCUUACAUUUGAACAUUUACUAUGAGAAACUGUUUCUGUUCCUUUGGUUUUGGUUGCUGGGCGUUGCAAUUUUGGCAACAGCACACAGCUGCAUUUGGUCUGCUUCGCUGUGCACAACAAAUUCCGUCAAAAAUAUCAGAAAUUAUUUGAAUGAAACAACGAAUGCAUCACUGGAUCGUUUCCUAAACGCAUUAGGAAAAGACGGUGUUUUUAUUCUCCACAAUAUUGCAUUAAAUAUUGGAGAUCUCCCGGCGAGUAACUUUAUCAUGAAUUAUCUGCAUAUGGCUGGUGAACUGUUCUAUAGCAGAAAAUCUUUCAUCACAGUCGUCGCAGUUUCUUUGAGCUAG